CAAGGUUGCUGGUCGUGGCAGCACGACAGACUAGCACGUACUAUAUAGUCGUUGAUGUUUUUAUAUAGAUAGAGGUUGUGCAACUCAGUUUCAAACGGAUACUUGGGAGUUUUUGUGUAAACUACAUGGUAUCGAACUUGUAGUCUGAUUCGUCUCGGUCAUUUUUAGCAACGAAAACUUUUACCCGUGUCUCAUUCACCUCUUUUUUUUUAACGUACCGUCUCAGGUCAUCUUCAUUCAGGAGAACAACAUGUCACCAUGGAUUGAACAGAUUGGCUUUAUUUUUGUGGCAGUGUUCAUGUUGCCCAAUACAGCAGAGUCAAAGAAAGAUGAAGUGUUGUACUGUUCAGCCUGCAUGGCGAUUGCAGAAGAACUGAACUAUUCAAUCAGUCAAACUGAUCCAAGAAAGACGAUUCAUGUUGGCGGAUUCAGACUCAACCCCGAUGGAAGUCUGAAUGAUAAAAAGGUUCCUCUUGCUAGGUCAGAGACUCACUUAACAGAAUUGCUGGAAGCAGUUUGCAAAAGCAUGAGCGAUUAUGCUCUCUAUGAGGACCCGGUCACCAAAGAAAAGAGCUACAAGAGAUUUGCACCUAGAGGAAAUGAUGGUGGAAAUUUUCCAGAUUUCAAAAAUUUUAAGUUUGAUGGGCCUGAGAGUUCCAGUGCUAUGAAGUUUGCAUGUGAAAGCAUUGUUGAAGAGCUGGAAGAUGAUAUCAUCUCUCUCUUCACCAGUGAGACGGACCAUGCCGCUAAGAAGUUGUGCAGUGAAGUAUCAGGUCACUGUAAGAGCUCUGUUUUCCAGCACAGUGAACUUUAGUUUUACAUUAGCAUCUACUGGAGAACACCCAAAAACUUGGACCAGGAAAAGAGAUCUCAAAUAUUUCCCUAAAAUGUUAUUUUGAUUGUUUUACAAUUUAAUUUUCUGAAUAUUUUUAUUAUUAUUAUUAUGAGACAGAAAAUUAUGAUUAACUGGGUAGCCAAGUGUAUUUAUAUAUGAACCAAAUGGUUUCCAUUGCUAAGUAGUAGACCCACUCUUCUGCUUUAAUUUUUACUUGAAAAUGACCUGCAUUGCCUUUUUAUAUAAAAACAUGGCAUUAGCUAGUGAUUUAUGACAGGUUCACACACAAUAAAAGGAAGUGAAUUUGUUUUCAUAUUUGGGACAUUUUUUCAUUAUUCAGAACCAUUUAUGUAAUACAAUGGAACCAUUAACAGGCAAGUUAGAAGCAACAGCAAAAAACAGACUUUUAUCAUCCCAAAUCAUUUCCCAGCACAGUUUGCUUGUUUCAUUCUGAUGUCCCAUGUCUGUCCAAGUCGGGCUUUUGAAUAUGGCUGCUUGGUAAGCAUGAUGGCACGUCUUUCGCAUCCUUCCCUCACAUGCAGCUCCCUCGAUGCAGAACUACGCAUGCGCCACUGUGGCAGCAGCACAGGGGCAGGUCCUGAUUUGGGAGAGUGAAGGAGCAAGAUACGCCAUGAUUGCGUAGCUCUCUGAGUUGGUCUGAAUAUGGGUGUCAGCCAAAUCACCGAGGGGGAAAAUGACAAUACUCUCUGUUUUCUCUAAUGUUGUUUCAGUGUUUAACACAAGUCUGCUCCCUUUGCACUGCAGGAACAUGUUAGAUGUCACAGAGCAAUAUUCAGUAAUCUACAAGAUGAGUGUUUCUUAAGGGAAAUGUGUUGCUAAGAGGUGAUUUACUUGAUAAUAAAAUGGUUAUAAUUAACAUGGUACUAAUUGUAUUACAUUAUUUGAUCAAAAAUAAGUUGUUGUUUUUUUACUUUUGUCUGAUCUGAAUGUUAAUGUUGUAUAGUGUUAUAAGAUAACUGAGUGCACAGUCAUAAGUGAUUUGAUAAAACUAUUCCUGGAGGAAAAAUAAAAGAAAAGAAUAAACAUUGUUAUGAAAUGAA